GGUGCUCGCAGGCCCGCCAUGAGCGCCGGGCCGGGGCCGCUCGGCCGCGGCGACGCCGUCACCCUGCGCGUCCGCGCCGUGGGGCUGCGCCCCGACGUGCCCGUCCUGAGGCUCUGGGGGCUGCUGGGCGAGCGCAAGGCAGACUACGCCCGCCUCGACCGCGAGGUGCAGGCGGCGGCGGGGCCGCGCCUGGCGGCCCGCCCCGGGCCCGGCGGGCAGGCAGACGGAGGGGCCGGGCUGUGCCCUGGUGAGGUGGGACUCGUGGAGGUGCUGGGGCUCUGGUACCGCUGCUGCGUGGUGAGUUGCAGCGCCCAGGGGUACCGCGUGUUCCUGCUGGACGAGGGGUCCGUAGUGGUCACGUCCGCCUAUUACCUGGCACGGGGCUGCCCGGAGCUGUUCCAGUUGCCCCCGGAGGUGCUGGGCUGUGUCGUGGCCAAUGUCAUGCCCUCCCAAGCCCCCGAGGGCCCGGGCUGCGGGGACUCGCCGGUCUCCAAGUGGACGGUGGAGGCGAUGGAGUUCCUCAGCUUCCUGCACAACAAGGAGGUGUCUGGUGUGGUGCAGGAGGUGAUGUCCCCGCAGCUCAUCGUGCUUGAGCUGCCUCAGCUUGUGGCCCAGAUGCGGCAGCUGGGCUUGGCCAGGCAGGUCUCUCCUGUCUGGUUCUGCCAGGUGCUCAGGCGCUGCCUGCCUUUUGGCCACCUAAAGAAGCAGCUCUGGCAGCAGCAGCAGCCCUCGAUGUGUUCCCUUGGAGCUUUUGCAGUGCCUCAGCUCCUCCACGUGCUGUUCUCAGAUUGGCCCGUGUCACCUGCCUUGGAUUACUUCUACCCACAGCUUCAGCUGGGUGUGACAGAGCCUGUCCUAGUGACCCAUGUCUCCGACCCACACCACAUCUACUGUCAGUUGCAAUGCCUGUCCCAGGAGAUCCGUUGCCUUUCUGAUACCAUGUGCCAUGUUUAUGACCAGUGGGAGCAGGAUUUAUUGCCCAAAGUGGGCUCACCCUGUGCAGCCCGUGGCAUGGAUGGCCAGUGGUACCGUGGCCUUCUGCUGGAGCUCAUUGCAGGGGAGCAGGACCAGCAGGCAGCUCUCGUGAUCUUUGUGGACUAUGGCAGGAAGGAGACUGUCACCAGAGCUAACCUGCGCCAUUUGCCUGCCGAGUGUUUUCGGAUGCCUGUGGUGACUUAUGUGUGUGCUCUUCAGGGUGUUUCGGAUGGGGGCUGUGGAUGGUCCUCGUCGCAGAUCGAUAUGCUGAAAGCGCUGGUGCAAGGCAGAGGAGUGAGUGCUCACAUCAACACCUUUAACUCCUUUGAGCAUCUCUAUUAUGUGACCCUGUAUGGGGAAAACAGCAUCAACUUGAACCAUCUUUUCAGGUCUCAGGCUUGCUGCCUGGUCAGCAGUUGUAAGCAGGUUAGCCAAACUGAGGCUCGUGAGCAUCUGGAAGUAGAAGAAUCCUCAGCUGGAGAAUUGGAAUUGCCAUCAGAAGCACUUCCUGUUUUAACACACAGAGAUUUGGGCUCUGCUGCUGUACCUGGUGUACAGCUGAAGACCUGUGUGUUCUACAGUGCACAGGUCUCCUACCUCCGAGAUCCAUCUGAGUUCUGGCUGCAGGUCCAUGAGCAUCAGCAGCUCUUCAGGCAGCUGAGGCAGUGCAUGUGGAAUUUCUACUCCCAUGCUACAAAGCUGGAUGGUGCUGAGUGGGACCCACGCCCUGGAUCCCUUUGUUGUGCCAGUGGGAACGAGGGUGGCUUUUAUCGAGCGAUGGUCACCAGGGUGCUGGACAGUGGGGUGGAAAUACACCUGGUGGACAGGGGCAGUACGGAAACCGUGGAUCGGUGUGCGGUGAAGGAGCUGCUCUCUCGGUUCAGGGAACUGCCUGCUCUAGCUCUGAAGUGUUGUUUGGCAGGUGUCUCCCCUCUGAGAGGGAGUUGGAGUGAAGCUUCUGUGUCUGCAUUCAGGGAGAUGGUGCUGAACAAGGCACUGAAGGUUUGUUUUUUGAGUUUGAAGGGUGACAAAUACAUGGUUGAAAUUUUUGACCAGACCCAGUUAGGAGAGAAAAGAGUAAGUAAACUCAUGGCCCAGGGAGGUUAUGGUGAAUACCAGAGGUGUGAAAUACCCAAGACUCUCCAGAAUUCAGAUGAAAAGGCUGUGGCACAGGCCUCUUUCCUAGCAAGUAGUGCUGAGGAAAAACAAAUAAAUGCAGAGAAGAGGCUCAGAGAGAGCCCUGUUGCAGCCAUUCACAGUUCUAAAAGUAGCGAAUCUCUUCCUGUUCAGGAAUAUAAGGGCAAGGGAAACCUGCACAUGUCUUGGAGACAGAAUUAUGUGGAAAUUAAGCCAGGUUAUUCUUGUGGAGGCCACUUAGAAGUGGGAAGUACCGUUAGUGUUAUUUUGUCAUAUGUUGAAAAUCCUGGUUUUUUCUGGUGUCAGUUGAGCAGAAAUAGCCGUGACCUUGAGUUACUAAUGGAUGAAAUUCAGGAGCACUGUAAGAAUUCAUCCCAGCCACAUGUUUGGCCAAAUCUUGUGUGUUUAGCCCAGUACUCAGAGGAUAAGAAAUGGUACAGGGCUUUAAUUGUUAGUGGAGCCCUUUGUGCAGAAAAAGUAGAAGUCGUCUAUGUUGACUAUGGCAACAGAGAGCAGGUGUGCCUGUCAAACCUCCGUGCAGUUCAUGAGCGCUUCCUUAGGUUGGAGGCUCAGGCUUUCAGGUGCAGCCUUUACAACUUAAUCCAACCCAAUGGGGAGAAUCCAUUCACUUGGGAAGAAGCAGCGAUUAAUACUUUUCAGCAGUUUGUUGUUAAUUCAUCAUCUGAAAUGGAACUAAAGUGUACAAUAUUUGCCUUGGCUUCAAUAAAUAGGGACCUGUUUAACAUUGUAGAUUUAAUCACACCUUUUCAGAGUGCUUGCCAAUUUCUGACCGAGAGAGGUGUAGCCAGACCUUUAUUUCCUCAAAAGCAUCUGGCAUCCUUGGUUCAGCUUCAUUCUUACUAUUAUUCUAGUCAUGGUAUCAAAAUUGGGAGCGAGGAAGAAGUUUAUAUUACACACGUUGAGGAUCCAUGGACGUUUUACUGCCAGCUUGAAAGAUGUGCAGAUACCUUAGCACAGUUGGCUGAUAACAUCAGUCGCCUGAGUGAAACAAUGACCAGCACGGGAACCUUGAGAAAGUCUGGGAGCUUGUGCCUAGCAAAGUAUGCUGACAGUCAGUGGUACAGGGGAGUAAUUAUGGAAACACAACCUAAGGCAAAAGUCUUCUUUGUGGAUUUUGGGAACACAGAGACCAUAGAGAAAGAUGAUCUGCUUCCUUUACCCAGUGAUGCUUCUGAUAUCCUGCUUGUGCCAAUGCAGGCCAUAAAGUGUUCCAUAUCUGAUGUAUCUUCUGUUUCCAAAGAAGCUGCAACAUGGUUUAAGGAAGCUGUCCUUGAAAGGCGAUUAAAAGCAAUAGUAGUAGCAAAGGACUCUGAUAAUACACUGCUGGUUGAGUUGUUUGAUAGUAAUACUCAAAUUAAUACCAAACUGAAGGAGCUAAGCCUAAACAACACAAGACUGUGUAGUCAUGUAGAAGGUGAGUCUCGGUGCUCUAGAAAUGCAGAUGUGAAUGACACUGCAGUGUCCCCUUUAAAUGUGGGGAGGCCUCCUGAAAGACAAAAAUAUGGACCUGAAGCUCAGGGAGGACAAGGGAGCAAAAGGCACUUUGAAGAAGAUGUAAACCUUUUCCAGCCCUCUAGCAAGGGUGAUCUGGCAGCUGGAUUACUAGAAUCUGAUGAAAUGCUUAGCAGUAAAAAGGAUGCUAUUUUGUUAAAUAAAGCAGGGAAGGCGUCUCUGCUCUCUGUCCAGAUGGAUGCACUGUCAGAUAAUAAAUCUGGUGCUGAGGACAGGUGUGUAAUGCUUAAAAAUGUGUCAGACCUACCACAACAGAAGAUAGUGCCAGCUCUUAAAACGUUAGUGUAUGUGUCUUUUAUCAAUGAUCCACUGGAUUUUUAUGUUCAACUAGGGAGUGAUGAGGUUCAGCUUAACAGCAUUUUGGAAAGUUUAAACAAUGGGACACAAGCAAAGAACCCUUGUGGAGAACUUUUCCAAGCAGGAGACUUAAUCAGUGCUGUUUAUUCAGAAGACAGCCUGUGGUAUAGAGCUGUAGUAAAAGAGAAGACUUCUGACAAUUCGAUGAAGGUACAUUAUAUUGAUUAUGGUGAUACUUCAGUAAUUAGAGUUCAUCAAGCACGCAGGCUCCCUGAGGCCUUGUCAUCUAUUCCAGCAAUAAGCAUUCACUGCUUCCUAGGUGGACUUAAAUGCAAAAAAAAUACAGACUGGGCGGAGAAAGCAGUGCUUUACUUCACCAAGAGAACAAGUGAAAUCCUGCUGUCAUGUGAAUUUGUAGAGAAGGUUGAGGAUAAAUGGGAAGUUAUUCUCAGUGACCAUCAAGGUAUAAUAACAGUGGAUUUACCUAAUGAUCUUGCAAGUGCAGAGAGAUCUUGUUCAUCUGACAAAACUGAUAAAAGAGAGAACAUGAUAACUGCACAUGAGCCUUUGUCUCCUCAGGCGCCAAAUGAGAUUUCCUGUGAUUGUAAAUCAUUUAUAUGGAAGUUUCCAGAGGCAGGUCAGACUUUAAAAAUUUAUGUCACGGUGGUAAAUGGCCCAGAAUACUUCUGGUGUCACAGUGCUGAUACCGAACAGUUGAGCUACAUUGACCAAAAAAUAGAGGAAGCUGAAAAGCUUGGACUGAGCUCUUUGAAUGAUGGCAGAAUGUCUUGUAUUAAAAGUGGUCAUACUUGUCUAGCAAAAUACAGUCAAGAUGGAUGGUUCUACAGAGCUCAAAUCAGCAGUGUAAAAGGUGACAGUGUAGUUGUUCAACAUGUAGAUUAUGGAAGCCAGGAAGCUGUUGGCUUGGAGAUGGUCCGACAGAUUCCACGUGAACUGCUCAGAGUACCUGGUCAAGCAUUUGCUUGCUGUCUGUCAGGUUUCAGUCCCUCAGAGGGCUCAUGGCUUAGUGAAGCAAAUCAGAAGUUUUAUAAUAUGACUGCAGACCUUGUAUUAGAAGCUGAAGUAGUAGAAAUUUGGAAAGAUAAAGAUUCUGAAGUUCCUCUGUGUGUUGUCAAGCUGGAAGCUUCUGGCAAUAGCAUUAAUGAAGCGAUGAAGCCUUUUUGGAAGGCCAAUAAAGGAACUGGUAACAGCGCUUCUUCAAGUCUUGACAGCCUCUUAAAGGAAAACAGAAGUUCAAACAGCGAUAUGGGUCUUUGUCUUGAAAGAGAAACUACUGCUGUUUGCGGAUUAGCUCAGAAAGGAAGUGAUUUGCUUCGUUCUGAUCCUUUCCUGGAUAUGACUUCGGAGUGCUUAGAAACUGCAGAAGCAAAUGUGUCAGUGAGAUCUGCCAGUGGGAAUACUGAUGAUGACUGUGAAACACCAGAGCAUCAGAACAGUUUUGAUAAAGAGAUACCUCUGUCUGAAGGCGAUAGUGGUAACAGUGUGUUACUAGAACCAAUGAGAUGCUGCAGCCCUCAUAUUUCAGGGGGUGAAAUGACAGCUUCAGAACAAGAACUGUCUGAAGUACUCUUUGGAGAGGAUGCUGAGCAGCAAGCAGAACUGACAGGCAGUGCUUCAGCAGCCAGCCUCUUUCUAGGAAACAAACCAGAAGAGCUGCAGCAAUUGCAAGUGGUCCAGGCACAGCCGUCUUCCAGAGAUGGAACGUUAGUGGAACUGGAUCCAUUAGAAAUGCACUAUUCGUAUGAUGAUCUAAAAGAGUUCCUGCUGGAUCUAGAGGCACUUUCAGCCAAGUCCUUCAGUGAAGAAACAAAGGAAGCCCUGGACACAAAGUCACUUGAAAUGCAGACAGCAUCAGGCAGUGAAGCGAGAGAGACAGUGUUGGAACAGGAAUUGCUGGAGCUGCCAGUUGGUAGCGAGGAGACAGGGGAGUUGGCAGCUCUGAACUUUCUUGAAAUUUUAACAUUACUUAAUGAGAAAGAAAACCUGGUGCCUUCAGUCAGUGAUGGAAAGAAGUCAGUAGAGCAAAUUCCGCCUGAUGUUCAGCCUUUUUUGGGAGGGAACCCAAAGAAACUGAAAGUGAAUUUGUCUGGGAUUCAUCAGGCAGAAGAUCUACUAGGUGAGUGGAUGGAAGCAGACCCUCCUCUCCUAAGGCUGUCAUCGUCUGCUGAUAGACCUGAGAAAGAACUGGAUCUGAAGACCCAUGACAAGCAGUCAAUGGUAGGUGCCAAGUUGGGGCAUUUUCUGGAACUGGUGCUGCCUGAUGUCCAACCUUCUCAGGAAGGCAGGGAGGAGGACUUUUUAGAGUUGGAACAUGCUGUGCUGCAGAGUUCUGCAAAUAGUGGAAGUCAACUUUCAUUUCUCACAAAAGACUCGGUGGAUCAGAGGCCUGUUUUCCCUGUAAAAUCAUGUGACUACAAAGUUAAGAAACGUAAGGGGUGGCAGAAGCAGCAAGAUGAUUGUAUGGAAGAGUGGAUGGAACAAGACUUGACUGACUCAUUUAAAGAGUGUGGAAAUAUGCAUGUGCAGUCUUCAGGCUGUAAGUCUGAGGAUGAAGACGAAGAAAAGCAAAAUGAGAACUUGACUGACUGCAGUGCAGCACACCCUGACUAUCCUUGUAAUCUGAAGGGCUUUGCUGUUGGUUCCAAAUGUGUAGUGUGGACCUCUCUCCAGUGGUGUGAGGCUCGCAUUUUGGAGAUAUCUGAAAAAGGUACUAGGGUCUUGAAUCUCUCCAGUGGCAACGAGGAGAUUGUGGAUCCUGAGAAUGUCUGGAAUGGUAUUCCUGACUCGGCUUGCAGAUCACCUGAGGCAUUAACCCCUGCAACAGAGAACUUGCAGUCCUUACCAGAGGAGCCCUUACUUCACGAAAAGCAAACCGGCUGCAGUUGUGAUUUAGUUGAAGAUACUCAUGUCCUCCAGCAUUGCUGAAACCAAGUGACACGUUCACCACACGAAACUGAAUAAGUGCCUGUGUACCAAACACUCCUACGUUCAUGGGAACAAGAAUACAAGCAAAGCAUUGAGUAUUUUUUUUUUCCUCCUAACUGACCAAAUGCCUGUCACUGCUGCACUUCGCUCUCAAGGAAUUGUUGAUGAUAGACUUAUUGUCAGCUUGUUUUCUUUUAGCUGUUCUUGGUAGACUGUUAUUGUUAUCUUGUUUCUCAUAACUGUAUUUUCUUUACUUACAUUUUGCCUUUGACUGGCAUUUUUUAUUGCAUGUGGGUGCACUGACUUGUAUUGAGUUCUUGUAUUGAGGUGGGUGGUUGUUGAAAAAAGGCUUAUGAGUUUCUGUAUAUGCUAUUUUGUUGUACGGCACUGCUUGCUGAUGUUUGUUUUUGGAAAGCAAAAGUUAUAUUGUUACAUGGGGUUUUUUCCUCAAAAAAAAA